AUGCGGCGCCUCCUCCACGCACUCAGCCUCCCGGCCGCCGGUAGGUGGCUACACAGAGGCACUCUGUCGAGCCCUCGUCACCACCGCCAACAGAAAAGAGAUUACAACAGGCACAGCAGCAGUGCCACGACGCGGCUGCACUUCCACCCCAUCCCGGCGCUUCAGGUGGAUAUGAGUGCGGUCUCACAAAUCGAGUCGUUCCUAAAGAAGCAGUUUCAGAGAAAAGGCACGUCAUCCUCGACAUCGGCAUCGCCGCUGCCGACAAGUGGCGCGUCUACCUACCCGGCAAUUCACAUCUUGAACGUUCCCAGGUCCACGUUGAAGCGUGCAGUGCUGGACUUCACUGUGCAGAACAGGCCUGUUCGUGCGGUGGGUCAGUCGAAGCGCGCCAAGAGAGCCAAGGUGCUCUGCUGUAUGCACGCUAUACGGCUUAUCGAUCACUUUUCGAUUGAUGGGGCGGAGGCCGGCGCCGCCCCACCACCGCUCGAGGAGGAAGACGGCGCGCCAAGUGUCGUGCAGAAGCUGCAUUCUAAGAGCACGACGGUCACGCGACGCGCCGCUGCACCGCCACAGCCCGGGUCGUACAAGAAUUGGGACGACUAUGUGCGGGAAAGUCAGCGCUACAUUGUGGCGCAGGAGCAGCAGAGGUGCACCGAGGCGUAUGCGCAGCUGCGCAUUCCCCCCAGCGGCAACCCUCUGGUUGACAGAGCGGCGGUUAUGACGGAGCAGGCGCGCUCUACCAACUUUUUGGCUCUCCAGCAGCUCAAUAACGAGAUUCGCGGGGCCACAAAGGACGUGAACGUCGUUCGCAUGGCACCGCGGGUCUUCGUGGCUACCUUCAUCUUGGACAGCGAGGCGCAUCUGCACGCAACAGGCGUUGCUUCGACCGCGAAGGAGGCAAAGCAGCGUGGCGCGAUGCACGCCCUGAACAUUUUCAAGCUCGUUAACGAGCAACGGAGUCUUGUUGCUGCUGGGGGGGCAGCGGUGACAGGCCGUGGGAGCUGCGCCCCUGCUGAUGCCGUCGCGCUGAGCCUCACACCACGCUACGCAAAGUUAUUGGACUUCUUCACGCUUCUCUUUGGUGUCGUGCCUGUCGCAAGUUUCACGCGAGAGGGGAGCUGUUACACCUGCCAGUUGGAGCUCGAUGGAGUUCGGUGCGUGGGAAAUGGAAUCAACAGGUUUGAGGCGGAGCGAAAAGCCCUCGAGAACGCGCUCUCCGAGAUGGAGUUAUACGACGAGCGGUUGCAUAGCAUCAACAGCGUUAUUGCGCGCCACCCAAACCUCCAGCCGCAGACUGUCCCGACUGCGAAGCUGCCGGAGUCGCUGCGGAACGAAAUUCAUGUUUUUGUGGAGCAGUGCCGCAAAGAACUAAAUCUGCCGGACAGCAGUGAAACACCGGUCACCAGAGGAGACAGCUGUGAAUCCGUGUUUGUAGAGAAUAACACUGGGAAUAAUACUAACAACGACAACAACAACAACAGCAUUGAUGAUGUAGUGGAUGUUGAGACGCAAGCCACUAUCAAGGCGCUGGAGGAGGCGAAACACGAUGAGGCAUACGCAGCACGAUUGCGCGAGCGGUUGUGUGCNUUUCGGGCUAGCCCUGAAUACCUUGAGCGAUUCCACACACGUCGCUCGAGCUUAUCGAUCACAACUGUUGAACAGCGUAUUCUCGAUGCGAUUGAUGAGCACCGCGUCGUCGUUGUCUGUGGCACAACUGGCUGUGGCAAGACGACGCAGGUCCCACAGUAUAUCCUUGACCGCGAGAUCAUGGCGGGCCGUGGCGAUCGCUGCUGCAUUGUCGUCACCCAGCCUCGGCGAUUAAGUGCCUUCAGCAUUGCGGACCGCAUCGCCAGCGAGCGGCUCGAUGCGGUGGGCAACGAUGUGGGCUAUGCAGUGCGCCUGGAUGCGCGGCCCGGCCGCCACAUAACCCUGUGUACCACCGGUGUACUGUUACAAAUGCUCACUGGCAUGCCGGCACUGGACGCGGUCAGCCAUCUGGUGAUUGACGAGGUGCACGAGCGAGACAUCAACUGUGACGUGGUGCUUGCUCUGGUGAAGCAACUGCUGGAGUGUGGGAACAAGCGUCUGAAGGUUGUCCUCAUGAGUGCGACGAUGCAGUCUGACAUGUUUGCAUCGUAUUUUGGAAACAUACCGGUGAUCUCUAUCGAUGGCGCUCUCUACCCAGUGAAGGAGCGUUACCUGGCCGAUGUGGCGAAACUUUUCCACCAAGCACCCUCAAUGUCUGGGUAUUACAGCCCCAUGUUUGAUGCUCUUGACAAGAACGCAAAGCAGAGUCGCGGCAGAAGUGGUGGUGCUAACCCUCGAGCGAAGCAGCGAGUGCUGUUGAGUCCACUUAAGACAGAUUAUGGUCUUAUCGCACGCCUCAUUGAGAGGAGCGUCGCGGUGGACCUUAACAACGACACCCAUGGGAAGUCAGUACUCGUGUUUCUGCCCGGCUGGAAGGAGCUGGUGGCGGCAAAGCAGGCCCUUGAAAACCUGCGGGACGGGAAAAGGUAUCACGUGAUUCUCCUGCACUCCUCCGUGGACGCGAUGAAGCAGCGGGAGUGCUUCGCACCGGCGCCGGGCGGGAAAGUGAAAGUGGUGCUUGCCACAAACAUCGCCGAGAGUGGCAUCACCAUCGAUGACGCUGCAGUGGUGAUUGAUACUGGUCUCAUCAAGCAAACCUCGUGGGUCUCGCGCUCUGCUGACACACAUCACGCGAGUCACGCCUCCUCAUACGCGACUCAGCUCGCCUUACAGUAUGCGAGUCACGCCAACUGCACGCAACGAAAAGGUCGUGCUGGCCGCACACAGGGAGGUGUGUGCUACCGGCUAUUUACAGAAGAAAUCUGGGGUGCCCUACCCUCGUUUCAGGAGGCAGAGAUCCACCGCGUGCCGCUCACACAAGUACUGCUCAAGCUCCUCGCUCUCGGGCACACGAAGCCCAAGGAGACGCUUCGCACCUUCAUUGAGCCGCCCUCGGAGCGGAAUGUGGCAGUGUCAAUGCGGCAGCUGCAGAGUCUGGGGGCAGUCACAGCCGACGAGCAGCUGACACCGUUGGGGCUGUACCUCUCACGGCUUCCCUGCGACCCGCGUGUAGGGAAGAUGAUCAUGAUGGGUGCUGUGCUACGCUGCCUUGACUCGGCCCUAACGAUGGCAGCGACAGGAGAUAUCAGCCCAUUUGCGGUGAGUCGUGAAGUCUCCUUUGAGGUACGACAGCGGCGGCACGUGCUGGCGAUGGGAUCGCAGAGUGACCACAUCAGUGUGCUGAAUGCGUAUAACGCAUUCUGCGCCCGCCGCGGAGACAUAAACUUUGCCCGUGAGAAUUACUUGCACUUGAGCAACAUGCGGCUCAUCUCUCGCUACAAGCAGCAGUACCGCGAUAUCCUUCUCCGCUCGGGAUUUAUCCGAGAUGGUGAGCCAGGCUCGCUCGAUCUCCCCGACGAUGAGUUCGCCGCAUACGACGGCGCAUCGCUUCUGUAUGUUGAGUCCGGACCACUCUCCAUCGAUGCCGCCGAUGUGACACUUGUGAAGGCGUGCCUAUGCGCCGCACUGUUCCCCAACGUCGCUGUGCUCGACCCGACGCCGCUGCUCCACGGUGGGAAGAAGGUCAAGACGCUGGUGAUGCGCACCGCCACGCACGCCAGUAUUUCGCCAUCAAAGGACAGCGCGUGUCGCCGCCUCGGGCCCCCGCGCAUGCACGGCGUUCUCACACCGCAGGAAUUUUUCAACCCCGAGCGUGACGCUGACGGGAACACACCCGUGACGCCGUCGAUGCUGUACAUCUACCAGAACAUCUUUGACGUGAAGGAGUCGCGGGAGGAAUUCCUCACGCAGGUCUCUGCGGUGAGCCUGUGGGCGCUGCUGUUGUUCGGCGUGGGCGAUGCUGACAUGAAAUUUGACCGCCUUCUCGGCCUCUGUGUCGUCGGCGGCGGCUGGAUCGGCAUCCACAUCGACCCGAGCUCCUUCGCCGCACUGCACGCGCUGCGCUCGACACUGCACGCCUGCGUCUGGCGCAAGUAUAGGAAGCCUGACGAUGAGGCCAACAACAAGGCGAUUGAGGAGCUUCGGCGCCUGUGCAAGGCGGUGCUGGCGUCCCCGCCCAACGACAGGGAGCAGUACCUCAACCGCCUCGUCGACACGGGGCGCAUUCUCUCCCCAACAGAGGCAGAGCCACUCACGAAUGCACUCGGCAGCGACAGCGAUGAGGUGGACGGCACCUGA